UAUACGUCUGCCCGAGAUGGACUUUUUAUACAGUGCUUUGCUCUUUCUCACGUUUUGUUUGCCUUAUGUUUUGUCUCAGUGUGACAAUGAACUGUCUAUACCGCUGGGACUAGAGACCUUCCGGAUGAAAUUCCCUUCGGACAAUAAAACCGUAUACGGAACGUUUCUAUUAUGUGAAUGGCGAUUUGUGACAGAUAGUCCAGAAAAAGGAAUAGUGUAUCAGCUCUCUAAUAUAGGCAUUGAUUGUGGAGAUACGCUGCUCGUUUACACUGAUACCCCAGACUACGAUAAAGGAAUAUGCUGCACGAAUUGCAAUAAAGACGCUCUUAUGACGCCAGGAGCAUUGCUUAAAAUGUCGUUGAAUUCUGAUGGGACUACAAAUGCUCACGAAUCUGGCUUCACUCUGGAUCUGAUUGCUGCUAAAGGUUUUGAAACUUGCCCCACCCAGCCGAUUCAAGUGACUUCAGAGAAACAGCAGAUUGCGUCUCCUCAAUUUCCUGGUCAAUAUCUUGCUAACUUAAACUGCAAAAUAGAGCUUACAGCCCCGAGUGGAGUGACCCUUAGAUUUGAAUACAUUGAUGUGGAAACGCACACGGAGUGUCACAAGUCUUGUUGUGAUGUCAUUCACAUCUAUGAAGGUACUAUAAAACCAGGGAAUGAACCGAUUUCUUCGAUAUGUUAUAAAAAUAACUUCAAGCCCGACUUAAUGUUUGAGAGCACUGGGACGACCUUGACCCUACAGCUGGUUACUGAUGAUCAAGUUCCGAGGAGAGGAUUUGUAGCCAUAGUUCAAGCUAAAGAAGGCAAUUCUACGUUGGUCACUGUAACCCCUGAGGUGACAGAUGCAACCGUCCCACUAAUAACAGAACCAAGUCAUGACGUCUUUGAAACGCUUACGUAUAGUAGAUUUGAACUUCGCUGCGACAUACCCACAUUAGAAAAUGGCAUCGAUAUCACAUGGACUAAAGAUGGGUCUCCUUUUCGACCUGUUUUGGAUUCUAGCAGAGUGUACUUCAUGGAGGAUAAAAGUCUCGUUAUAUUUACGUCCAUUUUGAAAGAGGAUGGUGGUCUCUAUGUAUGUGAAGCUGAUAGCCCAUUUCAUCCAACGUACACUGGGCGGAUCAUCGUCAAAGACAGAGGACUGAAUUGUGACCAAAACACCUGUCUUAAUGGAGGGACAUGCUUUGAAACGACCAACUCUUACAGAUGUGAGUGUGUUCCAGGGUAUGAAGGGACACGCUGUGAGAAAGAUAUAGAUGAAUGUCAAGAACUCAACAUAUGCAACAACGGAUCUUGUAUCAACACCCAGGGUUCAUACAACUGUGAUUGUCAGGCUUUAUCUGGAUGGACCGGGGACUUUUGCGAUGUGGACGUGAACGAAUGUGAAGUCAACCAAUCCUUAUGUGCACCACAUGGGGUUUGCGUGAACACGAAGGGUGGUUUUGUUUGUCAGUGCAACGAUGGUUGGAUGGGAUUCCACUGUCAAAAAGAUAUAGAUGAAUGCGAGAGCAUGACGUCCGUGUGUUCGGGGAAUGGUCGAUGCUCAAAUAGACCAGGUAGCUUUUCUUGUGAGUGUAACGCUGGAUGGAAAGGACCGAUGUGCUCCGUAAAAGAUGAAUCCAGUUGUAUUCACAUUCCAUGUAAACAUAACGGAUCGUGUUUGUUGGAUGAUACAACAAAGAAGUAUCAUUGUGUCUGUGCUGAAGGAUUUGAAGGUGAAUACUGCCAAAAAGAUAUAGAUGAAUGCAAGACCAUGAAGACUGUGUGUUCAGGGAAUGGUCGUUGCUUAAAUGAACCUGGUAGCUUUUCUUGUGUGUGCAACGUUGGAUGGAAAGGACCGAGAUGCUCCGUUAAAGUGGAACCCAGUUGCAUUCAAAUUCCAUGUAAACAUAACGGAUCAUGUUUGAUGGAUGAUACAACAAAGAAGUAUCGAUGUGUAUGUGCCAAAGGAUUUGAAGGUGAAUACUGCCAAAAAGAUAUAGAUGAAUGCAAUACCAUAAAGUCCUUGUGUUCAGGGAAUGGUCGUUGCUUAAAUGAACCUGGUAGCUUUUCUUGUGUGUGCAACGCUGGAUGGAAAGGGCCUAGGUGCUCCGUUAAAGUGGAACCUAGCUGCAUUCAAAUUCCAUGUAAACAUAAUGGAUCGUGUUUGUUGGAUGAUAUAUCAAACAAGUAUCAUUGUGUCUGUGCAGAAGGGUUUGAAGGUGAAUAUUGUCAAAAAGAUAUAGAUGAGUGCAAAACAAUAACCUCUGCGUGCUCAGGAAAUGGACGUUGCAUAAACCGUCCAGGAGGUUUCUCCUGUGUGUGUGAUUCUGGAUGGGAAGGGUCGAGAUGUUCCAUUAAAGUGAAACCCAGCUGCAUUCAAAUACCCUGUAAAGAUGGUGGCUCCUGUAUUCUGAAUGAUACCACUAACUCGUACCGUUGUGUGUGUGCUGAUGGAUUUGAAGGUGAAUUCUGCGGAAAAGAUAUCAACGAAUGUGUGACUUUAUGGAGACCUUGUUCUGGCCGCGGGAAGUGUGUCAACUCUUAUGGCAGUUACUUCUGUAGGUGCUUUGCAGACUGGGAAGGGAAAAGAUGCGAAAAAAGGAUUGAUCCAUGUUUGUCGAAUCCUUGUCCGAAUAAAUCAGUGUGUAAUAUGAAAGGGUAUUCCUAUAAAUGCACCUGCCUGAUCGGAUGGGAAGGACCGAACUGUGACCAAGAGGUAAAGAAAGCUACAGGUCCAUGUGCCGUUAAAUGUGAAGGUCAGGAAUCAUGUUAUAUGGAACACAAUUGCACACACUACGAACAUUGUUACGCAUGGAACGCCGCCCAGUGUCACUGCACUCUGAUGAUAUGUUCGUUUGGAACGUUUUGGAACUCCAAGAUCAACACUUGUGACAGAGUUCCAAAGGUACUCUGUAAAUCUGAUCCAUGUCUUACUCUAGGCUUUCAAGCAACCUAUCCGAGUAACUUCAAUUGUCGCACAUUCUAUAUGUGCAACAAAAACAAGCAGUCAUUGGCAAUGUGUUGUGCAAAAGGAUAUUCAUAUGACCAUAAACAUCAGGGAUGUAAACCUAGUCCACAUUGCAACUUAGAAUGUUCCGAACAACCGAAGACCAUCACAACCGUAGCCCCAUCGCCCACCUCAGUUCCUUUGGAAAUGUGUUACUUUCGUGCCAUUAAUGGACGUCCUGAGAAAUACUACAACACGAUAUCCCGGAUACAACAAGACUGUCCCCUAGGAACGGUGUUCAAGUCUAUGUACUGCGUCUGUGUAGAAGAUGUAACAUUCACUAGUCGAUUGUGUGUUCCCUUGGUGUAUGUAGAUUUUGCGGGAGAUGACAUCAGAAACCUAUACCGCCAAAACUACAUCGAGGUGAAAAAUGUGUUCCAAGUACAAUUCCGCAAUGUAAAAGUGUUCUACGGACUUUUUAACGAGACUUCGUCUAGUAUACAGGUUCCACGACUCAGUACAGUUGCAUUGUCUCGUCUAAUGAUACAACUUCGGUUUUUUUCUUCGAAAUCCAUCGGACCUAGAUAUCAGAAUUUGGUAUCAAAUUGUCACUCCUCUGCAAAACCUUGGGACAUUCCUCAACUUGCCCGAGGUCAGACUCCGUCCUUGGCCAUCGUGGCUGAUACAGUAGAUAAACAUUUGACCUUCUUGGGGUAUAGUGAUGACUGGAGAGCUAGACCUGUGAUAUUUGCCUUACCAUAUAAGGAUAACGCUUGGAAUAAUGUAGAACUUACGUUUAAUGGCAACAGCUUGCGAGGAAGGAUACGCUCACAAAAUCCAAACAAUACAACUUUUGAAAGUAAAGAUGAGAAGCCAUUAUCAGGGAGAAUAGCAGCAUCGUUUGGCCCUCUUAUCCUGGGAAGGUGCACAGACAAUGAUGCGUUUUCUGGUUAUAUGGAUAUGGUUAAAGUAUAUGACUGCAUUCCGGCACCUUGAUCUCAUCUUGAAGAAAUUCCACUCUGUGUUUCCCUGACUGUGUCUGGAUUUUUUCCACAUGGUUUUCUAUCCACUAUUUAUAAUCUGUGUUAUGUGUUAUUCCACAUCCAUCAUUUUCAAUCUAGCCAAUGAUUUAUAUUUUGUUUAUCUAUGAUGUACGUUAUGCAAUAAACAUGUACAAAUAUGCAA